CAGGUCAUUGCCAUAGUUAUGGAUAUGUUUACAGAUGUGGAUAUCUUUAGAGAAAUUGUAGAGGCAUCUACUAGAGGGAUUGCAGUAUAUCUCCUGCUUGAUGAGUCAAACUUUGGUCACUUUCUGAAAAUGACGGAGAAACAAGGCUGCCAAGUUCAAAGGCUCAGGAACAUGAGAGUACGGACAGUAAAAGGACAAGAUUACUAUUCUAAAACAGGAGCAAAAUUCCAUGGAAAAAUGGAACAAAAAUUUCUUCUGGUUGACUGUAAGAAAGUUAUAUAUGGUUCUUACAGCUUUAUGUGGUCUUUUGAAAAAACCAACCUCAGUAUGGUUCAAGUUAUAACAGGACAGCUGGUUGAAUCCUUUGAUGAAGAGUUCAGGACACUGUAUGCCCGUUCUUCUGUUCCUAGUUCAUUUGCCCCUGAAUUAGUGCGGGUAAACAGCCGCAGGACACUCUGGGAUAAUGACACAUACCAACACUCAGUGUCUUCCUUAGCUUCAGUUUCUAGCCAAAGAAACCUUUUUGGUAGACAAGAGAAGAUUCACAAGUUAGAUCCUGUUUAUUUGAAAACUCGUGGACGAUUUGCAGUAAAUGAAAUAGAUAAAUUUGGCUUGAGAAAUCAAACUUUUAAUAAACAUCCAUUUCAUCCAGGUUUUAAUAUGCAAAAUUCAAUCCAGCAGUAUCAACCUAGUGAAAAAAAUGAGCACUGGAAGAGACAUAGUUAUGCUGGGGAGAAGCCAGAAAGGACACCUUACCUACUGCUCAACAGAGCUAUUAAUAGAACCAAUAAUCCAUCAAAUACUUGGAAAAUGCCAUCUGAUAGCCUUAGUAUUGUAUCUUCAUUACGAGGAGGAUAUGCAAAUAACUACAAUACACCCCAACAAAGUUUUGCUGAUCAGUUUUCACGACCAAAGGUAAAUCUUGCAGAAAGAAAUUCAAUUGUACGGAGGUCUUUUAAUGGGACAGAUAAUCAAAUCCGCCAUCUGCAGCAAAGGAUGCCAACACUCGAACACACAACAAAAUCAUUCCUACGUAACUGGCGAAUUAAGUCAUAUUUAAAUGACCAUUCUGAUUAUCCAGUAGAGUCUAAUGGAUCAGCCUUAGAUGACAGAUAUGAUGGCUAUGACACAACUGAAAAUAUUAAAGCUCAUGCUCUGUACUCCCAUUCUCGCUUACGAUCGUCAUUAGUGUUUCAGCCAACUUUACCCGAACAGCAGGAGGUAAGCAGCUGUGCAAGUUCUUCAAAUUCAACUAUAAUUGGGUCAGAGGGAAGUGAAACACCUAAAGGGACAUCUAAUCAUGCACCAAGUUUAGAAAAUGGAACAGAUAAUACUUCAGAAGAGCUUAGCACAAAUGCCUCACCUAAAUCAGAGUCACCCAAAAACCACAAAAUUCAAAUGGCAGAAAGCAGGAAGCCUAUUGUAAAUUCGAAUGCAGUAGGGGACCCAUCUGCCUAUAUAUACACAACGUUCUGUGCAGACAAACAUGCAGAAAACAUGAAAAAUCUUCAAAAUGACAAUAUCCUUAAAAGAAGAAGCUUUCCCAUGUUUAAUUCAAAGUCUAUAUUGGACCCUCAUGCCGAUAAACACACAUCCAGUUAUGUUUACAGCACAUUGACUAGGCAUAGGCUUAAGCAGCCAGUUAGUCCAAAAAUUCCAGAAGAUACACUAAAGAGCUCUAAAAGUUUGCAUAGUAUGGCCAACCAUUUGCCACAGGAGGAAAAGGAUCUUACAGGAGAGCUGAAGAGCCCAGCUGCUACCAAGGCAAUCUCUAUGGCUGUUCUUGCUGAAGCUAUCAGAGAGGAGUCUGGAAAAGAUUGUACGUCAAAGAAGGAAAGUAAGAAUUCCCCAAAUUUUCUAAAGAAGGGAUCCCAAAAAUUGCGGUCACUUCUUAAUCUCACACCAGACAAGAAAGAAAUCUUGUCAAAAAACAAAGGUCCUGCCUUUUACAGAAUGUGUAGUAGUUCUGACACUUUGGUUUCUGAAGAAGAGAAUCAAAAACCAAAGAUCUCUGAGAAUAAGACAGAUUCUUCCCCAAGGAGAAAGAGAAACACAUCAAAUUCACAAGGUAGCUUGAACAGAAGUAAAGAAGAUGUCACUUUAAGCCCAUCAAAGUCUCCAAAGUCUCCAAAGUCUCCAAAGCCUCAAAAACCUCCAUCUGAUGAAAGCAAUAAAAAGUGUCCUGUCUUGUGCCCUCUUGAAACUAAGUUCAUAGAAACUGCAGGAGAUGCAUCUACCCCAAGAUUUAAUACGGAACAGAUUCAGUAUCAAGAUGUAAAGGAAAUUACCACAAAUGCUGCUCCUGAAAGUGCCCCUGUUUGUGCUCUACAAAGAGCAACUUCAAUGACACCGCAACUGGCAAGCUCAAAACAUCAAGAGGAUCUCAGAUCUCGUUCAAGUGAAAGACGUGUUUAUAGUCGCUUCGAGCCAUUCUAUAAGAUGGAAAAUGCUAGUCAACUCGCAGGAAAUACACUAAAUAGCAGUUCACAUCUCUCAGAUAUGAAAAGCAAGACCUUAGGGAAUAACUAUGGCAGAAGUAAUCACCUGGUCAGCUACAACUCAACUGCUUAUCAUCCAUUUCAGCCUAAUGAAAAUAAACUGAGAGGAUUCAUGCAGAAAUUUGGGAACUUUCUACACAAAAACAAGUAAAGCUUCUGUUACUGUUGUUGAAAUACAGCAAGAAUAGCAAAGCUGUACAUUCCUAACUGGACAAGACUGAUGAACUUUUUUGUAGUUUUGUAGUUUUGUAGAACUUAUUUAGGUUUCUUCAUAAUCGAGGACAAUUGAAUGAAUGUACAUAUUUUUACAUAAUUAUCCUAGGAUUAUUAUACUUCAGUCAAUACUGAAAUUCUGUGUCCAGAAAACAUCUCAAGGGAGUUGUUUAUAGUGUUUAUAUUGUAAGAUUACUUUUAUACGUUUUCUUUAUGAAGAAAGUAUGUGUUAGCAUAUUGUAAGAUUGCCUGUGGGGGAAAAGAAAUAUGGAGAGUGUUUUUAAACUUCAAAUAAUACUGUUUCCAAAGAAAUUCCCUUUAAAAAUAGGAUAGCACUAGGAAUAGUGGCUUGCAUCUUUUCAGCAUUUAUGUACAUUUUCAAAUGAUAAACACAGAUGUUAAUGCAUUGCACGUUACUUAUCUUUAAACUCAUUUUUAAACCCUCUUAUAGAUUUCAUCUUGGUAAUAAUUUACCCCCUAGCAUCGUAUCGAGCUGUUUAGGAAGCAGAUGGAUCUUCAUUGAAUUUUCCAUUUAAUAUGAUAUUUUCUGAACUAUUUGGCACACAUCUUAAAGUGACCUUAAUCCAAGCUUUCACAGACUUGUUUACAUGGCUAAAAUAAUGUGAAUGUAGGAUGAAUGUUAAAA